AUGAAAUCUAUGUUACUUGUCACCGUUGGGCUAACUUUGCUGCUGGGAGUCCAAGCAAUGCCCUCAAAUCGUCUGUCUUGCUACAGAAAAAUACUAAAAGAUCGCAACUGUCACAGCCUUCCGGAAGGAGUAGCUGAGCUGACACAGGUUGAUGUAAAUGUCCCAGAUCAUUUCUGGGAUCGGAGGGGAUGUGAGAUGACCUGCUAUUGCAAUUUCAGUGAAUUGCUCUGUUGCCCAAGAGACAUCUUCUUUGGACCAAAGAUCUCUUUUGUGAUCCCCUGCAAUCACUGA